AAGUUCGCAGGAUUUUUGCGCUGGCAUUUGCGCGCCAAAAUUGGCCAGAACUUGUCGAAUGCGUGUCAAAGUAGAAUAGCGUAGCAGAUAGUGAAAAAACGAGCCAACGAAUGAGAUCGUUGGCGUUGAUGUCUUGUUGCAUUCUCAUACCACUGACCAUAGUGUUAUAUCAGUCUCGUUUAUAACUUUCGGAGACUCAAACUUGUCACCAUAAUUCUGCCGUACAGUCAUAAGGAUAAAAUAAGGACUAAGACUCCUUUAAAAGAGCUACAACAAAAAUGGAUAGAAGAAAGUUGAAAAAACUGCCAAGUUUACUUGGGCGAUCUAGUACCAGUUCCGAACAGUCAAUGAGUUCUGUUAGCAAGAACAUAACAACUCGAAAGCCAAAACGGUUGUCAUCUGCAUCCCCUGAAUCUGCUAGGGAGAAUUUGACUAGCUCCAGAGAGGGAUCUCCCUUAGUGUCUAGAUCGAGUUCUAAGAAAAGAAAAAUCUCGCCCAGUACUCAAUUAACACCAUCUAAUAUUACCAGUAAUGUAACAACCAGCAACAGAUUGUCAAGCAUUUUGCCGCAGCCACAAAUUCCUUCAGAUGACUCGGACGAAGAUGAAACGUUUAUCACAAAAUCCAAAGAAUUAAAAAAAAAGAAACAUGCUUGGUCCAAGACUGUGACCACUGAUUCUCCUAAGGUGAAAGAAGUAAGUAUUAGCAGAGAUGCUGUAGAGCCAGAAUCACAAAGAUCAACUACUCCGAAAUUACAAACCCAGGAAAAAAGACCUGCAAGCAUCAAAAAUACAACAAAAAUUAAGGAAACUUCUGCAAACCGGAAGAGUGCUGGCACAAAUUCUAGAAUUGAACUCUCACACCACAAUUCUGGAACAAGAUCAUUAGCUGCAGAAAUUUCUUCGCCGGAAGAACAGGUGAAUAAAAAACAAGCAACCAACACCAGGAAAAAAUCUCUGGAAAAGAGUAACAGGACUCCUAAAAAAAAGAGGCAAAGAGCUGAUAGUUUCAAUGACCAAGAGCUGGAAGGAGACAGUACCACCGACGAUGACAUGUUUGGGGAAAUUUCGCCAAAGAAAAAUACCGCAAAUAGAAAAAAACAAUCUCCAAAUAAAAUCCUCAUGAAAAGCCCCUCAAAACAGAAAAAAUCACCUGAGUUUUCUCGGAUAACACGCAGUCAAAGUUCUAAUAGGACACCUACAAAAAAAAACACUGUAUCAUAUUUUCCAACGUUUUUAAAACGAGCUGGUAUUAUUCUGAAAAGCGAUGGCCCAAAUUUGUUGUGUGAUAGCUGGCGCAAGAUUGCUGAAAAAUUGGAUGUGAUGAUAAACUCUAAAGAACAUGAUAAAGUGACGUUUUUAAAGGAGUGGGAUCAUUUCAUUGAUGAUAUUGAAAAUUUGGAAAGUAUGUUGAGCCCGACAAAACAAGAAACCGAACAGGAAGUCUUUACUGAUCAAAAAACCGAAUCUGUUGCACGAAUCCUAUUACACGUACCAUCUCUGCAGACCCAUGUUUCUACAUCACUGUUAGAUCGACUUGCAAUGGCUAUACUUGCUGAGGAUUCAGGAGAUGAUGUGCCAUGGUCUGGUGUUUUAUUGAAGCAGUUUAAAUUCUUGGAAAAAAUUGUUGCUCCGCAUAUUUUGAUUGAAAAGUUGGGGGAGCUGUUAGAAUCAGCGCACACGUAUUUCCAAGGUGAAAUAAUAUCGUGUUUACCUCAAAUUGUUAUUGAUUCCCAACAUCAUGCUGUUGCUGAUAUACUUAUCAAGUUGAUUGAGGAUAAGCCUGAAUUAACUGCAGUUAUAUUAGACUGCAUAUUAGAAUUGACUCUGAGCAAGGAUUAUUUGAAUAGGGUACAUGAAAAAGCCUUGGAUUUAUUGAAACAUAAUCCACAAUUAAGCGCUGUGCCCAAUAUAACGAGGUUUGUCUUGAGUGAGAGUUCGGCCCCUGAAUCUCGAAUAAAAGCAUUAGCUGCUCUCCGUUCUGUGGAUAUGCAACCCUUGGUUACUGAAAAUAUAGAGGAGUGCUUCUCUAAUCAAGUUUUAACUGUAAAUGCUUUGAAGAUGUCGUGUCAAGUUUUGAAACCGCUAGCUGAUUCAAUAAUCACAGUUAUCCAACGCAUCAAAAAAGAUCCUAAGCCGUUAGAUUUGGUCCUAUUAUUAUUGAUUUUCUCAACCAAUAGUUCUAAGAAGAAAAAUGUAGAGAUUUUACUCAAGUAUCGCGUGCGGACGGGAUUUUAUAGAACAAGUUUAUUAAACACAUUCUACUAUGACUAUAAAGAGGUGGCUCGCGACUUACAAUCAAUGGCCUUACCUUUGGCUUGUCAUCUCUUGAAAGCCGGUGAUCGUGUAUACGCUGACUUUGCAAUUGAAUGGUUUCGUUUGAUGUUGCUAAGUCAAGCAGAUGCAAUUCACAAACAGCAAGAAGUAUUAGCCAAGAUAAUUAAAAUGACUAGUGCUGGUACUGAUACAUCAAAAAAUGCCCUGAUGAUUCUCAGCAAAAUGGCAUGCAAAGAUGCCGAAAGAGAACAUUUACAGAAACAUUCUCAUCAUUUAAGGAUUCUGCUUGAAGAAGUGGAUAGUCUUGAUUUAGAAGAAGUCGCUACGUUGAGUGAUUUAUUGCAUGGACUGUGUAUUAGUUCCAAUUCGACUUCGGAUGCUCUGCAGGGAGAUUUGAAUAUCUUAUUGUCCAAGCAGCUUGCCAGUUCAAAACCAUUGACCAAGUGUAAGGGUGUAUUAGGGGCGGUUAUGGCCAUUAAGCACACAGCUUCAUAUGCAGGAACUAAAAAAUUGGCGCUCCAGUUAUUCAAGCAAGUAGUUGCAGCAGUUAAAAAUUGCUCCAGAUCCAGGUCUUUGUUUUACGACCAAAUGGCAGAAAUUAUUGCAAAUACACCAAAUUUGGAUGAAAGUUUUUUGACAGUCUUCACAGAUCACUUUACCGCAGAACUGUUUGAACUAUAUCUCGAAGACAUUAAAAUAUACAGGGGAAACUUCACGGCUCAUUUUAAUUUGAAUCCUGAAUCCGAAGAUCCUGAAGAUGCGGUAUAUGCUGUAAAAUUUGGGGAAGGAAUAAGUGGCUCAGGGGUCUCAGCUCUGUUCAAACUCAUCAAGGCUUGUCACAUGAGGAGCAAUAACGGUGAACUCGAAUCAAUCGAUAUUCUCUUAGGGUGUCCAGUUCUCAUGAUGAAAGACCUCCAUGACCCAGAUGCUGUGGUAUUGGACCAAAUGUUUAAUUGUAUCAAUUGGUUCAGAGAAAUAAUCAGUGGCUUUGUAACUCAAACCAGUAGUGACUUGCAAACGACUCUAUUGAAACGCUUAGAACACUUAAUGAAUCUUCAAGCUGAGCUCAGUAUGAAUUUGAUGAUGGCUGAACCCCAUUAUCAACCACCUAUAUGCUAUUUCCAUCAUUUUCCAUCACCGCCAUUCGUCAAGACCGAGAAGAAGACUGGUAAACGCGGCAAUAAAGUUGCUUUAGAUAAAUCGAGUAGUCUUUCGGAAUGGGCAUCCUGGGAAUCUGGCUCUGCUCUUGUCUCUAAGAAUACCGCUUAUUUUAGACGACUGGAUGCGAAGAUAGCUCAUCUUCUUGAUUAUUCAAUGGAAAUAAGAUUGACACAGAGUAAAACCAAUAUUAUUACAAUCGCACAAGUAUGUUUCAUCAUUAAAGAGCUGUUGGCUAUGCUAGAAAACGAGGCAUCUCAAAUAUUCAUGAAAGAUUUAGUAAGCUUACUACCAAAAGUGUGUUCUAAGUUGGAACAGGUUACAAUUGAAUUACGAGAAAAAGAUGAUAGCCAGAACAGAGAAUGCUUCAGAUUACUACUAUGUCUCUUGGCAGCAAUCUUUAAUUGGAAAGGAUUUCAUAAUUCCAUUAAUAACGCAAUGCUUCGAGACGCAUUAAGGACAGUUGCUAGUCAAACUAACGAAUCAAACACACUGUUGCGAUCUUGUAAAGAGUUGGUGACCCAGUCGUGUUUGUACGUUGAAUUACUGGUCGAUAUCGCAACGCGUCUCCCAGUUGCCAUUGCACUUGUUGGCUUGUUCCAAGCUCUGGUGCAGCACUCUGAAAGCCAUUCCGUACAACAUAAAGAGAACUUAGCAAAAAUGGCAUACGGAUUUUUAUGCCUUGAUUGGCCUGAAGAUAAAAGUAAUGCUUCAUCGUAUAAGCUAGGCAUCGAUACCCUCUUGAAGAGCUGGCUCACCAAUGAACCUAAUCCAUUAGGCACUAUGGUUACAUUGCUAGAGUGGUUACCUGAAGAAGUUGAAAAAUUAGAAAUGCCAAAAGAUUAUUUAGCCAGACUUUCAUCGAUUACCAAAAAUGUCUUCACGUUAUUAUUCAAACGUAUUUUUUGUGGAGUAAUCGAAGGUGUCAAGAUAUCACUAGCCUCAGCUAUCAAUGAUAGCGAAAGAAUACAAAUUUGGGUUUCUGUCACAACUUGUGUACACAGUAUCGUCCAGAUAUGUAAAAAAAUGGAGUACAAACCACAUUGGUCGCUAUUUCUGCGAUAUAUUCCUACCGUAGUGAAGUUCUUUCUCUCUACUGGGAUGCCUAUUCUUGAGCAUAACUUGAAACAUCACGUGGAAGAAAUAACGGGAAUUGUAAAACAAUUGCAAGAAGGAAUGAGGUACCUCCAUGUUCUGUGUUGCCACACUACAGUGACGGCGGAUACGACUUUAGCGAAAUACGUACCCGUCGCAAAAUCUACGCAUGAACGUUUCAUUUUUAGUGUGAAAGGUAUGAUGGUACUUAAUAAUAGUUCAGAUGCGUUUUGGAUGGGCAAUCUAAUCAAUAAGGACAUCAAAGGACAAGCAAUUGAACAUAAGCAUAAUUGUGAAGAGUCAUCUACAACAACAGCAAACUCUAUUCAAACGGAUGUUUCGGAAGCAUUGCUCACUGAUUCAUCGGAGGAGGAGAUGGAUCUUGAAGAUGAAAUGGAAUAAUGAACUGAUUCGUGUCGAAUAGGUAAUUCCUCCCUACAUUCAAUGUUAACGAAAGUUUUUCAGAUUACUGACAUAAAUAUUUCUAUUCGCUUAUCUAACGCGCGAAGAUAUCUCGGAAAAUGAACAUGAUAUGGCUAAAGAGUCUCAACAAAAAAUAUUUUUUAUACUUUGGUAAAAUCUUCACUCAAGGUGUAAGUCACACAGGUAUAUGUAAAUGUAUAUAUAGAAUAGUUCUAAUUAUUAAGUUUACCAUAUAUAUCUAUGGUUUUCCGUAUUACUACCCUAACAGAUGAUUUUUAUCUCAAUGUUACUAUUUUUAUUAAAAGCUUAAUACUUUGCAA